AUGGGCAUCGGCGACGACGGGCGGGAUGCCGCGGGCGGGGUGGCGCGCGACGAGAUCGUUCGGGAGUUGGUUCGGGAGCCGAAGGGAUCGGACGGGAGGUCCGAGAAGGGCGAGGUCGGCGAGCGGGGCGACCCUCGGGCGAUCGACGAGCUCAGGCGAUACGUGUGCCGCGUGCUCGGCGUCGAUCCCAAGGUGGAGGGCGAAUCCGUCGUGCCGUUCAACGGCGUCGGAUCGUCCGCCACGCGCGUGGACUGGGCGCGCGUCGGCGCCAUCUGUCGCUCCUGGAGGGACGGCGAAGCGAGCGAGGACGACGGCGACGGCGCGAACGAGGCGAACGAAGCGAACGAAGCGAACGAAGCGAACGGAGCGGACGGGGCGGACGAAGCGGACGAAGCGGACGGAGCGGACGCCGACGAUCCGAAGCUCACCGCGGCGCAGGAGCGCGACCUCGCGAUCGGUCGCAUCGGACCCCGCGUCGUCGCCGUCGAACGCGCAUCCGCCUCGGGGGACAUGCACCUCGGCGACGGCCCGCACGGCCCAAACACCUCCGUCUCCUCCCGCUCCAACUUUUGCAGCUUUCGCGCCAACGCCUGCGUCUUCGGCGGCAGGUGGCAGUACGAGGUCACCAUACGCACCGCGGGCAUAAUGCAGAUCGGCUGGGCCACCGUGCGAUGCCCGUUCACGCAGGAGCACGGCGUGGGCGACGCGCAGGACUCGUACGCUUUCGACGGGCACAGGGUUCGCAAGUGGAACGUGGCGUGCCAGCCUUACGGCCAACCGUGGGUCCCCGGCGACGUCAUCACGUGCUGCAUCGACCUCAAUUCGGACGAGGACGGCGGUGGCACGGUGAGCUACCUUCGGAACGGCGCGUCCAUGGGGGUGGCGUUCCGGAACGUUCGACGGUCGCAACCCGGCCUCGCGUACUUCCCAGCCGUGUCCCUCAGCGUCAACGAGGCGAUGGACCUCAACUUCGGGAGCUCGCCCAUGCGGUACCCGCGCGAGGGCCACGCGCCGCUCACCGCCGCCGCCGACGUCGCGCCGGCGUGGCGCAAAUCCGUCGAGGCGUUUGCGCGGCUCUGCGCUUUCGGCGGCGUCGACGACCCGGCUCCGUCGAACGUGACCUACCGCUGCGAGGCGUCGGGGACGAUGUAUCGGCAGAGCGGGACGCCCGCGCUGCUGACGUGGGACGACGAGGCGAUGCUCGCGUGCGCCACGCUGCAGGCGGCGGGUCCCGCGGAGGGCAUCGACGAGGACGACGCCGUUCGCGCGCGGCGGCGCCUGAUCCGCGACCGGCGACGCGGGUUGAUACGAACGGUCACUCGCGCGGGGGAACGAAGGCGCGUCGACGAGUUCGAGCGCACGAUGCGUUUGCUGCGCGUCGGUUUGUACGACGGCCGCUUCCGGGUCGAAUUGAAUGAAAUGGGUCCGGAGUCUGGGGACGAGUUCGACUACGCAAACUUUUCCAACUCGGAGUACGCCCUGUUCGUCGGCGAGCUGACCCGCGCGCUCGCCGAGGAGGUCCGCUCGACCCCGUUCCUCGAGGAUCCCGAGUCUAUUCAGGGGACGUCGUCGAUCGAGCCGGGGGCGAGCGAGAAGACGUCCGGUUUGCCGUCGCAUUCGCCGCUGGCGUUUGCCGUGGCAAUCGCUUGCGAUAGAUACGCUCGAAGAGCUUGGAUGUCCCACGCCAAGUGGCACGCGGAGCUCGAGGAUUUGCUGACGUUGAAGUCACCGAGCCCUCGAGACCUCGAGGCGAUGCUCCCCGCGUCGUCGGUGUGGUGGCCGGGCGCCGCCGCGUCCGAGGCGGUGUUCAGGGCGGCUGACGGCGGUCGACACGCGGGCGGGCGGGAAUCUGAGCAGAGAUGCAAGGCGGCGGGUUUGAAACUCAGCGCGGCGAUGUCGAGAUCGUGUGCGCUUCACUGCGGGCUCGUCGACGCCGUCUGGAAUCACGGCGGCAAAGCGUGGCAAGACCGAAGUGGCGAGUGCGUGAUAAUGCAAUUUGGUCCCGGAGGACCCUUUGGCGCCCACGGGACCAUAUGGCUCGCCGCGCUGCUCAAGAAGAACGUACCCGGGCAGCACGGUCGGGCGAGGCGAACGGAUCCGAGCGUGAUGGGCGCCCUCUACUUCGCGAUGCUCGCGCUCAUCCGACCCGAACUGGAGAACCCAACGUGGAAACCGUUCUUUGACGGGCUGGGCAAGUGGCACCCACUUGGAUAUUACAACAGCUUCGCACACCAGUUCGAUCUUCCCCUCUUUGGAGGCGGCGUCUCGCACGUUCGGAAGGAGUACCCGGAGGAUCAUUUGGCGCCCGCGCUGGAAAUCGACGCGAGCGCGCUUCGACCCACCGCCGCGAUGAAACUCGUGAACGACGUCCCGGAUUUUUCUGAGGCGGGUUUGCCCCCGCUGACAUGGCACCAGAAGCACGCCAACGCGUGGCACUUCGACUCUAUCCAGUUCAUGUACCACCUCGCCGUCGGCGCCCAGUACAGGAGCGCCGCGGGUCAGCUGCAGACCCAGAUCCAGGCCGCGAAACAUCUCGAGGAGUACUGCGAGAACCUCCCCAAGGUGGAGGCUGCGCAUCAGCGGCACAACGCGCAGACCAAAAUCAUGACCCAGCUCCAGUCAAUCUCAAACGAGUCCGCGGCGUAUCCCCCCGGCGAAAACGCGAGCGAGGCGUUCAUCCAGCGCCUCCGCGCCGCGCUGACCGAGGCGCGUCAGCUGGCGAGCCAGGGCCUGGUGUCGGACGAGGUCGCGGGCGCCAUCGCGGUCGCGACGCGGGACCUCCAGGAGCGCUACGACGUGGCGUUGGUCGACGAGGGCGCGGAAUUUACCGCGGCGGCUGACGAGGCUCGCGAGAGCGCGAGCGUUUUCAUUGGCGAGUUGAAAGAGGAGAUCGUCAAGCUUCGGGACGAGGUCGUCGAGAGCUCGCGGGUGUGCUGGUGGCACAGGGCGACGCUGCACCGCCCGGAGCAGCAGGCUGGAAUGUUCGCGGCGGCGGCGUACCAGGCUCGGGUGAUCCUCGCGGCGAUGGAGCGGGGCGGGGAGCCGCGCAAGCUGCCGUCAGACACCGACGACGAGGACGGGGACGGGGACGACGGCGGUAGCGUUUCGUCCGCAGGAGACUCCAGCGACGAUGAGGAUGACGACGAUGAGGAGGAGGAAGAUGCGGAGGCGGCUGGCGGAGACGGGAGCGAGUUGGAGGGCUCGGUCGAGCGAGAAAACGUCGACACCGACGACGACGAGAAUGACGACGAGAAUGACGACGAGAAUGACGGCGACGACACCGCGGGCAGCUGCUCCAUCCCCGGCGUCGCCACCAAGAAGGGUGCGCUCCUCCAGCACGUCCCCGCGUACCACCUCGAGGUUCUCAUCGACUCGUUCCACGCGCUUCGUCGCGGUGACCCGCCGUACGCGCCCGUCGCCCCGGCUCGAGCCGCCGCCAGCCCGGGGCUGCACGGCGUGGUCAAGCUCCUCGUGCGACACUUCGCGGAUGAGCGCGUCGUGAACCCGGACGUCCGCGACAUGAUGCUGCAGUCGGUGUCCGUGCUGCUGCAGUACAAGGAGUACGUCGCCGUGUUCGAGGCGAACGAGGAGGCGCGCGCGGAGAUGGUGCCCUCGCUGCUCCGAUCGUUCGACAGCAGGUUCUGGAUCCCGGUGUCCAACAUACUUCUCCGACUGUGCAAGGGUGUCGGGUUCGGGCAGUACGACAACAAGGCGAUCAAGGUCCUCGCUGCGAUCAAGGCGAUCAAGAAGGAUAGCGCCGACCGUUACCGGGAGACCGGGAACGUCGCGGUCGUCGCGAACAGUCAACGCGGCGAGGAUGAUCACGCGGCGUCUCCCGACGCGGCGCUCGCGGAGGCCAUCGCAAACUCCGUGGACAGCUCCAGCCCUCUCUUCCAGGCGCUCAUCGUGGAAACCUUCAAGAGCGAUCCAAAGCUUCUGGAAAAGUUCCUCGACCGCGUGUUCAACACUCUCAACUGGACGAUCACCGAAUUCGGCGUCGCGCUGAAGGAGAUGCUCGACAUGCGCCAGCGCGCGGCGGCGGCUCGAAACCUGCAGCGAAAGUGCACGGUCAUGCUGGAACUCAGCGUGACCCUCGAACGCGUGCUCGAGUUUCUCACGCUCGAGCUCCCCGUCGCGUUUCUGGACAGCUCAGCGUCCAUGCGCAUGAAGCGGCUCGUGGAGAUUUUGCUCUUCGUCCUCGGGCACACGUGCGGAGCGGGCUCCGACGCCAAGCUGUUUGAACAGGCGCUCAGCAUGAAACUCCCGGUUUUCGUCGCCGACAAGAUCUCUCGCGCGCCCGUCCUGGCGCCCAUCGCGGGGAUAAUCCUGAACCUCGAGGUGGCGGCCGCGGCGUGGGUGGAGGGGCGGGGCGAGGAGUUCGGCGUGAACGAAGUGUCGGACACCGUCGCCGACGAGCUCGCGGCGGGCGCCGGCGAAAAUAACAUCUCGCAGCUGGAGUACAUAUGCGCCUUCGACUGGGAGGAACACUUUGGCGCGUUCACCGGCCGCGAAGAGGCGAUCGCGGAGCUCAGGGACGUGGUGCGCAGGGUCCGCGACACCCGCGAGGACAUAGAGCGGCGGCGCAAGGCUGAGGACGAGGUCGACGUCCCCGAGGAUUUCGUCGAUCCGAUUAUGCAGAGCGUCAUGACGGACCCGGUGACGCUGCCCGGGAGCGGCGUCGUCGUGGACAGGGAGACGAUCAGGCGGCACCUGCUCACCGGGGACGGCACCGACCCGUUCAGCCGGACACCGCUCGACGAGUCGAUGCUUCGAGACGCGACGGAUCUCAGGAAGAGGAUCGACGAGUGGCGCAGCGGCCUGCACAAGAACGUGGAAACCGCCCUGGAGGACAUCGACUGA